UCAAGUUACUGUAAACAUCCAGAUGAUGGAGAGUGAAAAAGGUAGUUAUAAAAAAUUUGCUUAUGCUGGUGAAAACAGUAAGCCAAUGGAAGGGGUCUUCCACAGCCAUUUAGAGGAGAGAGUUCGUCCUUAUAUUGAUCUGAUUGACUCCUUGAGACUGAUUGGUAUUGAUGAAGAUUUGGCUUUGCCAACUAUAGCUGUAAUUGGAGAUCAGAGUUCUGGAAAAAGCUCUGUGUUGGAAGCACUAGCUGGAGUGGCAUUGCCCAGAGGGACUGGUAUUGUGACAAGAUGUCCACUGGAGCUAAAGCUGAGGAAGAUUAAAUGUGGUGUUCAAUGGAAAGCCGUAAUGUCUUACAAUGAGCAGCGUAUUGAGUUUGAGGACCCAUCAUUGGUUGAGUGUUACGUUGAGGAAGCGCAGAAUGAGCUGGCUGGAGAAGGUGUUGGAAUUUGUGAUGAACUCAUCACUCUGGAGAUCAUGGCUCCUAAUGUGUGUGACCUCACACUGAUUGAUCUCCCUGGGAUUGCCCGAGUUCCUGUAAAAGGACAACCUGAAGACAUUGGACAUCAGGAAAUUUAGUGCUUCUAUGUUUAGGUGUAACAUGUAGCUAACGCUUAGCAAACAAAUCAAAGACUCUGCUCGAAUCUGCUCACGUCAGGUACGCGUUUACGUCAUACAUAUGUCAUAUACUGUACAUGCCAGCCCGGGAAGUAAGAAAGUAAGUAAAAAAGUAAGAGCAUGUCUGUUUACAUCGAUCCAACGGACCUUCAAGCUGCUCUGGCAGCUUUAAUAAACGUCCAGGAGUCCUUCGAACAUCUAUACCGAAUCUGCACAUAUACCGUUAAUGAACAGAGGCGGGUAUAGUAUGCUCUUACUUUUUUACUUACUUUCUUACUUACUAUAGCCAGAGUAGUCAAAGUUUUCGCGGCGCAGAUGUGCAGAUCAGACAAGACGGAAGACAUUGUGCAUGCGUGCAGACAUAGCGGAGGUCUUUCACAGCACCACCUAGCCGCCUGGCAUGCACAUCCAACUGAAUUCCACACAUUUAUGCGUCACCGUAUAGACGCAGAUUUCCUCCUUGAAAACGGUCGUGUAGACGCGGAAAAAAGUGAGAACGAAAAUGGACUUUUGCGUUUUUGUUUCAGACCGUCCCCAUGUAAAGUGGGCCUCAUUCAGACAAAACGAGACAGGCACGCGCACACACACAGGAGCAACUGAGGCACACCGGUGGGCGUCCAGCCGCCUCUCAAUAUGGAUGCCAAGAAUCCACCCCAGGCACACGUGCGCAGAACCACACUCAACACGGCAAUUGGUCAGUCACACAGUGAGAACAAUCACUACACACGGAAGAUGACCCACCACCUGAAGGACGCUGUCCCCACCACCGGCGCUCUGCUCCUGCAUAUGCAACAAAAAAAAACGAAACACACAAUUAGUUAUGGGCCUCACACACACACACACACACACACACACACACACACACACACACACACAAUUAUGGGCCUCACACACCCACACACACUCGCCCAUACACACACACACACACACACACACACCUACAUACAAACACUGGGGUCCAAAAGACCCAAAGCACAAAACAAAAUAAAAGAAUAAACAGCAACAUGAGACUCCACGGCAAUAAGCCUCCUCUCUAUGAUGCAACCCAAAAAUAACAAAAUGACACGACCAAAUAAUAAAGCAAACAAAAACCAAACAAUGAGCAAGAUGCCCUUAGCCCUGGCACUCAGCCGAGAGCUGUAUUCCACAGUCACUUUACACACGCGCGCACACGCUCAUUCACACAAAGUCUGAAAGCAGAGAAUUCGAGCUGCAAUGGCCAAUGGUCCACAGUAUUGGACAGCAGAGACGUCAACACGUCAAUGCAGUCGUAAACAGGCAAGGCAAAGCAGCAGUUGUUCUCAUAGAUAUACAUAGAAGACUAGAUGCCUCGUCCCCGUUGCCCGUCAACGAAGUCGAACGUCCGCACAUGGCGGCCAUCUUACCUCAGACAGCUGGCUUACCCAUUACAUUGUGUUGGUAGCGAUAUGUACUUUUCAGAUGACCGUAAC